AUGGCGUCGUCCGUCGGCACCACGGUCUCCAUCGACCGCACUUAUCUCGAUACACUCAUCAGAAGGGCUCAGUUUAACGCCGAGACAGAGGCUCAUUCAUCCCACCCUACCCUCACCAUCGCCCGCGCCGAGUAUGACACCCUUGUCAAGACUGUUCGGGAAUUCGCAAACUUACGCCGCAACCUCUUGCGAGGAGGUGUAUCUGAAGAGACCCUUGCUGUCUUGACCAGUGAUGAAUCCAACUGGGACGAAGACGCUGCUGAGCAGCGGGCGGGUGCUCCCGCUUCAGGAACUUCUCAGAACUUCACUCAACAUCGGACCAACCAGCCUCGCAAGCCAGCCGCCGUCGCUGUGCGGAACCCCGAGUAUGGCCAUCACGGCGGAAAUUUUACCGUUCAUCAGCCUGUCAAGCAGGACUGGGCCGAUGCCGAACCCGACGCACGCGACAUGGCUGAGACGACAGUAUCUCCCACCGAGACCGAUCAUGGCUUCACUCACCAAGAAGUACAGUUGCCUGUUCGGCCGCAGCUUGAGAGAAUCGCUACAAGAACCGUUUUGAUGUCGAACCUUGCCGAAGGCACAACACACUCCGAUAUCACGGGUGUUAUUCGAGGGGGCCAGCUGCUGGAUAUCUUUCUGAGAGCCCACGACCGCUCUGCCCAGGUAUCGUUCCUGCACGGAACAGACGCCAAAGCAUUCUUAGAGCAUGCUGGGCGCCACGAUCUGUACAUCAGACACAAACGGGUCGAUAUCCGAUGGUGCGAUCGACAGUUUACCCUCCCAGGCCACGUUGCGAGCAAGGUCGGAAUCGGCGCUACGCGUAACCUUGUCGUCCGACGGUGCGACCCGAAGCUCACCGAAGAAGGCAUUCGCGAUGAUCUGGAGCAUAUUCACAACUUGAUUGUUAUUCGAGUAAACUUCAACAACGGUAACUGUCACAUCAACACCAACUCAGUUCACAAUGCUAUGUUCGCGCGAACCUGCAUGAUGAGUCGGCUGAAAUACAAGGGGUCCAAGGUCGAAUGGGACGUCGACGAAUGUGCCCAGCCCCUGGGGGUUACUCAGACUCACCGGGCUCAGUCCCAUACUCUUCCACACAAACGCACCUUGAGCAAUAUGCCGAACCGCUUCGAAGUCUUGAAACUUGACGGCAACGAUGACGACGAUGAGAAUAUACCACUAGAGUUUCACCUGCGAGCUUCAGUGGACAUUAUGGUUUGA